AUGCCAGAGCUAGGAGAGGUGCAACAUGCAGCUAGUCUACUGAAAAGAUUCUUGCUCAAUCGAACAGUAGUCAAAAUUACCAGCACUCCAGACGAAAUAGUGUUUGUGAAACCUCUAAUCGCCAGCGCCCUCGACAGCCUGGUAGGGUCGAGGGUGACAUCUGUUGGGCGAAACGGCAAGUAUUUUUGGUUCGAGUGUGAUUCGCAGAAAACCCUGCUCAUGCAUUUUGGUAUGGCGGGCUGGAUCCACGUCAAGGAUAUUCGAACCCACUUUAUUGCUAUGGAAAGUGGCGGAGACAAGAAGCAAAAAGAGCGGAUCAAAGAGGUUCUUGCUGCAGGUGGUGAUCCCGCUGCAUUAACAAUCGAAAAAGUUCCGAGCGAGGUGUGGCCGCCCAAAUAUAUGAAGUUUGUGGUCGAAACAGACCAGGGGGACUCAAUAGCCUUCACAGACUCUCGGCGGCUGGGCCGAGUGCGCCUUUUCGACAUGCCUGCGUCUGAGGCAUGCAAAGUCGAGCCAUUGAGCAAGUUGGGCCGCGACUAUUCGCAGGAUCCAGGCGAUCUGGCCAGCUUCUCCAAGGACGUGUCCAAACGAAAAGUCCCUAUCAAAGCAUUGCUGCUGGAUCAAAGCGUUUUUUCCGGCAUUGGCAACUGGAUGGCAGACGAGAUCGUGUUCCAGGCCCGAGUGCACCCCGAACAGUACGCCAAUACACUGGAUAGCACUCAGCUAGAAACACUCUACGCGAAACUCCUUGAGGUGUGUGAGGUUUCGGCGAGGCUUGAGGGCAAUACUGCCGGGUUUCCUGCGGACUGGUUGAUGCUGCAUCGUUGGGGAAAGGGACGUAAAGCGGCUCAGACUCUGCCAUCGGGCCACACGGUUGAGCACAUCACGGUUGGAGGACGCACAAGCUGCUAUGUACCUGAGCUACAGGUCCUGACCAAGGUGGAAGAGCCUGUCAAAGACGAGCCUGACGUGCCCAGCAAAAAGCGCAGACGCAAGAAUUGA